GCAACAUGGACAACCGUCCGCUGUACGGCCGCGAGAACGCGAGCGAUACGUGCUUGUACGGGUCUGUCGUUGGAUUGGGGGACGCAUCGUCGCGUGCACAGCACUCUCGCUCGGGUCAUCGAGGAGGAGCAUGCUUGACGAUGGAGCUCAUGGACGACUCGGACGAUGAUGGCGACCUGCGGGCAUAUCCGCCAACGCUAUCGCCAGUGGACUGGGCUUUGACCCCAGUGACGACGACAGAGUUUCCUUUGCCCGCGGAGAAAGGUACCCAGAGCACGACGCCUCGCGAGAAACUCCGCGUUCGACGGCGCAGUCGCUCGGAUUCGUCGACGACCCCAGAAAAGCCGACAAUGUCCCCCACAUCGUCAUCAAGUGACCUCUGCUGCGACGAAUGCGAAGUGACCACGGCAAUGGCUAGGGUGUACUGUUUGGACUGUGAUUUGAACUAUUGCACAGGUUGUGACGACUUGCGGCAUCGCAAAGGCAAGCUUGCGCUUCAUGAACGCACGUCAUUGCCGUCGCCCCCGCCCGUCGAGAUCCCAGUUGCGCCUCUCACGACAGAGCAAUGGACUGCCGACGAUGUUGCCAACUGGCUCGGAUCUCUUGACCUCCAGGUAUACGAGACUGCCUUCCAGCAGAAGAACAUCGACGGCUCGACCCUACUUGCGCUGCCGCCGCACGAAUUGGAUGCGCUGGACCAGCUUUCCCAAGGGUCCUCCCGGGGCCACAAGAAGAAACUCCAGAGAGAGAUCCAACGCCUCAAGGACGACGAGACCCAGAAACGUGGUCAGCAACGCCAGCUACCAUCCUCCUCCCAAUUGGGUGCCCACAGUCAGUUGCGAGUGACCGUGGACUCGGCGUUGUUGCAGCGACGCCGUCGGAGCGAUAUGGCUUCUCCUGUCACCGCCCUUCGAGCCAAAAUCCAUCAAGGACAAGAAGACAAGGGGCGGGUGGUGCGCCGUAAUAGCACCGCCACCACAGCCUUCGUCAAACCCACCUUGGACAUCACUUCCGAGCCUGUCCCGUCGUAUACCAAGCGUCGUCCGGUGGCAAGUUUGGGGCUAGAUCUCAACCAAAUUGCCCCCAAGAGCGUCACGACGUCGUUUGACUUUACCGCCGAAGGCAAGUUGCAGUCCCACGGGUUUGAAAUCAACACGGAUGGCAUCACGAGCAUCCCGUUUCAAACGGGGGGCAAACCGUCGACGACCCUGCCCAUGCUGCUGUUUGGCACGAAGGAAUCGCUCGUGCUCCUCAACGAACUCGGCCAUGGCGCCAGUGGAAAAGUAUACAAGGCGUUGUACCUGCCCACGUUUAAACUCGUUGCCGUCAAGAUCAUUCGCGUGUAUGACCAAAAGAAGCGCCACCAAAUGCUUCGGGAGUUGAAGUCCCUGUACGCCAACUUUGUGUCACUUCACGAAACGGCAGGGAGGGGCGCCGCGUGCCAGGACCUGGUCAUGUUUUACGACGCAUUUACCAACCCAGAGAUCGGGUCCGUGUCGAUCGUGCUCGAGUACAUGGACGGCGGGUCGCUCGAGGAUAUUUUACACUCGCGAACCCCGUGCGCUGAACCGACCAUCGCAGCCAUCGCUACAAGCGUUCUCAAGGGCCUAGCAUUCCUGCAUGAAAACCACCAACUCCACCGCGACAUCAAGCUGAGCAACAUCCUUGUCAACAAGCAGGGCCGAGUCAAGAUAUCCGACUUUGGCAUUUCCAGAGACUUGGAAAGCACAUUGGCCGAAGCGAUGACGUUCACCGGCACCUUAUUGUACAUGGCCCCUGAACGCAUCAGCGGCGGCACGUACUCGUACCCGUCCGACAUUUGGUCGUUUGGGUUGGCUAUCAUGGCGUGCGCGAUUGGCAAGCUGCCAAUGCCGACGGAAGACGGGUACUGGGGCGUGGUGCACGCCGUCCAAGAGCAGCCGUCCCCUUGCUUGAAGGACUAUGGCGCCGAUUUUUCACCCGAUUUGUGUGACUUUCUCGACCAAGUACGUCGCUAGUCCCUCCAAAUACUGACAUGCCGUGACCUUGUAGUGCUUGUGCAAAGACCCAUUGAAACGACCGUCUGCGUCCAUCUUGCUGUGUCAUCCAUUCAUUCAGCGCUACGCUGGCGCGACAAUCUCUCACUCCGUAACCUCCAUCAUGCUCGACUGAAUCCAUCUCUCGAUGGUGAUAACUAGAGAUUGUUGGGCAGGUGCUCAAGCAGCCUGCGCACGUAGUCGACUACGCGGCCGAGUUGGCGUACGUUGCAGACAAAACCCGAGCUUGGAUGGCCACGCAUGACCGAAAUCGACUGGUCACACUCAUGGACACCCCCGCGAGGCGAGUGCAGGCUUUGAAAGCGUUCGCGGCGCAGAUGCACGUGUCAUAUGAGGCAGUCGAAGCUGCGUUUUCGUUCUUCUAACGGGGGAGAAGUGUUCUUCUAACGGGGGAGAAGCGUGUAAAUGAUUCCCGCCGCUAGGAAGCAUCAGCGCGACCCCUCCACGACACUUUAUAGACAACGAACGAACUUCCCUUCAUCUCGUUCCAAGCACCGUUGAAGAAGGACACAUUGUAGAUAGGCGUGCGUGUCUGGUAACACUUCAAAAAUAAUAUAUCAUUUUCUGGCAAAA